CCCCUUUGGUUGAUAUGCACGGUCAAAUAGAUAACUUAUCUAAUGUAGAAAGUAAUGUAGCUAAAACUAAAACACUGGCUCAUUGCAUUUCAACCGAAGAAGUACAAUAUCCGAUACGGAGGACUUAUUCAUAACUACGAGUAAUAUAUUGGAAGCCAUUAUAUAAACCUUUGUUUGACAACAAAAUGCCCAUCGAUCAUAAAAAGUUGAUAGAGGCCAUUUCAAUUCUGGCAAAUGAAAAAAAUGUUCGAAUUACCGUAAAGCAGUCUGGUAAAGGUGCUAUUAUUUGUGCAGCCUGCUGUUUUGCUGGAGGCGUACUUUUGGGUCCGGUUGGAAUGGCAAUUGGUGGAGCAGCAGGAGGUAUCACAGCAUAUAUGACACAAGGCAGUUUUCGUUCUUUGGGUGAAGUGAUCAUUAAUGAUCUGAGCGACGCCCAAAAAGAACUCCUGGUACAAAAAGUUACUGAUGCCGUUAAGGAUGUCAAUCCCGCCGAUUUAGCCGUGUUAUUACCUUUGAUUAUGACCGAUGCUUCCAUACAACAAGCUGUGCUCAAUACGGUUGUAAGCUUUGUCGCUAGUGAAUUGAGUUUGGAGAUAAUCGACUGAUGUUCAUCAAAAUGUGAUUCUAAUGUCAACAACCUGUGGCAGAAUAUAUUUUGGCACGCAUUUUUCUACUUUAUGGGAUCUUAUCUACCUUAAUAUUUUUGGUUUGUUUUGGUAAAUUAUUGUGUAUAUGAUUCAUGAAAGACUGUAAUAAAAGAAUCGAAUUCGUGAUAUUUUGCUAUCGCACUUGCCAACUGUUUCUUUAUGUAGAAAUGUGAAUGA